ACACAGACACAGCAAAGUCGUACAAUUAUUGAUAAUGAUAGCYGAUACAGYGAUAGUGAAAUAGCGAAUAGGUACUAUUACUAUUUACCACUUAACUUCAGUACUGAAUUAGUAGUUCAGUGCGGUUCAGCGGUUGUAGUGCCAAUCCCGACCGACGUCGUUGUUGCGAGUUUGUGCAGUUUACGUGUGCACAAUCAUAGUCAUCAGUGGCGUUGUGGAUUUGUGCGUCGUCGCCGUUUUGUAGAAUCCGAACGACAGCGUACUAGUCGUGGUCGGCAGUUGUUGAUCAUCACUUUCUCACCGACGAUAAACGUUUUGGGUACCGCACUCGUCGACAUGGACGGAUCGACAACGAAUCCUACGAGAAAAAUGUCGAAAGCCGAUCAACUCCUUUCGAAGCUACCACCACCAACGAUGUUGCCUAGUUUUGUUACAGAUGCUCUGAAUGAGCCCAGACCUGUCCAGUCUAACCCUGUGUUGAACCCGACAGACGUGACUAGUCAAAACUUUCACACUCCAAUGUUUUCGCCUGUAAUAACUAGUAAAAAUGAAGAAAAUAUGGAAUUACCCAUGAGUCCUUCCAAUGAAGCAGUCACUGAUAAAGCAGCUAAAAGUGAUCAGUCAUCGAGCAAAGCUGAUUUGUUUAACUGGAUGAAGGGCAGUAGUUCUAGUAUUUUUUCAAUUGUUGCAGAAAAAGCAAAGAAUUCAGUGGACGCAGUACUCACCACAUUAGACCCACAAAUGAAAGAUACAUUAAAUCCCAAUACAUUUGAUAACACCGAUAUUGUUGUUGCUACUGAAAAAGAAAUAGUCGUCAGUGCAGUAAGAGAAGGAUUUCAAAAAGUUUUUGGAAAAGCAGUCGUCAAAGGACUUGAAGCACCAGAUCAACCAUUUGCCGCACAGCUUGUCGGAUUUUCUGCUGCAUCCAAAGCCACAAAAUAUUGCAUUGAUUCUGUUAGAUUACAUGUGGUAAAAGGUCCUGUCGUCUCCUUUGAAAGAUUUAUUGUAGAACCAAUAGAAUCCAAAUGGUAUGAAUUUGGUCUUUUGAAACUUAAUGACAUGGAACGAAAUAUAGAUUUAGAAGUCUACACCCAAAGUGUGCCUGUACCAGCAGCAAUUGUUGGAUUGAUUAGUGACGAUACACCCAAAGAUUAUGAACACAUCUCAACCGGAUUCAGUAUACCAGUCGCACAUUUCAUGGCCAGCAACUUAAAAGUACAUCCAUCUGAGUGGCAAGAAGUAAUGACCGGUGUGAGCCAACGAUCGUCUUUGUUGGCUGCUGCAGUGUCUUUGGCCAUGUCAUACAAAAAUGCUCUGGAAUAAUGACAUUUUUAUAGUUGAGCUCGAAACAUUUAUCAAUUAUUAUUUUAAUAUGGUUAUUAAUUAUUACUGUA